UCGAGUUCGUUUGGCCAAUCGACUGCAAGGAUUUGCUCUGGCAGGAUAAGUAGACGGCGAUUAUGCAACGCAGCUGGCUGCUUUGUUAAGAGUUGGAAAACAUAAUCAUAAUGUCCCUGCCUGUUGACGAAUCGUUUGUGAACGAACAGCGAUUAUGAAACACAAACGUGGAAGUCAAGGCGCAGAGCAGCAGGACGACAGGAGCAGCUGGUCCUGGAGCUGGAGCUGGAACGGGAGCAGGAGCAGGCGCUGGAGGAGCUGCGGCGGCUGCAGCGGCUACAAUUGCCAGGCGACGCACAUUGAUGUCAAUGGCACAAUGUCACGGUAGAUCUAUGCUAAUCGAUGAGCCAAUUGAGCCACAGCAGCUACAACAACAACAACUACAGCAACAGCAACAACAACAACAACAAGUGCAACAAAACUAUUUACCUCAAACAUCUUUGCUGAAAAUCGAACCGUUUGUUCCUAGCUUAAAUCAACGUCUGCGCCGGCGUCCCAUCGGUCGCUCCCACAGCACCCUCAGCCACAAUGCCAUACAGAAGCGUGUGGCAGCUGCUACCACCACUCAACCGCCCGCAGAGCUGCUGGUGGGCCACGGCCAGUCGCAGCAGCAGCUGAAGCGCAGCUAUGCCGCAGCCGCUCAGCUGCGCAGCCAGCAGCGGCUGCAACGCGGCACCAUCACGCGUCAACGAUCCAAGUCCACCUCCUCGUCGGCUGCCUCCAACAGCUGUCGGCCGGCGACGACGGCAACCACUGCCGCGGCUGUUGGCGCCGUGGUCAGUGCUGCCACGCCCCACACUCUGGUGGGCAGCACGGGUGGCACGCUGGUGAGUGGUGCGAUUGUCACCCCACAGCCGAACGGCAUCUGUCGCAUCCAGCGGCUGGCCAAGGAGCGCGAGGAGCUGCCCGAUCGCAUCAAUUACGAUCGCAGGGGUCUAACUGCCAUACCCAUAUUCGAGAACGAGCCCAACCUGCGGCUUCUCUCGCUGCAGCACAAUCUGAUCAACACUUUUCACAUACCCAAGGAGCUGCCAGUGGUGCCAGCGCAGCAGCAGCAGCCGACGCCGCGGGAGAACCAGCCAAGCAAUCAGACCACAAACAACAAGGGUCAAGCGGAGCAGCGAUCUGGUCGGCGAGGCCAACCAGGUGGACCUGGUGGACCCGCCCAUUCGCGUCUCACACGAGCCUUGAGCACUGUCAGCAACACCCAGAAUGCCUCACGUCUGUCGCCCAAGUCGGGCAGCCCGUGCUCCGGCAGUCCGCUGACUGCCCAGGCGCUGGCCAUCAAUGGACCGCAGCGCGCCAAGUUGACCAAGCGCGGCUUCAAUUAUGGCCAGGCGCAGCUGACGCCGCCGCCAGCGCUGCGGCUGCGACACGGCCUGGAGAAGUCGAAGAGCUUCGUGUCGAACAGCCUGCAGGCCAUGAAGCACCAGCAUCAGUUGAUGCAGCGACGCCAGCUGCUGAAGGCGCAGGCACUGCUGGCGGGCAGCCAACAGCUGCAGAGCUGCGAGGAGAGCAGCAGCGCCUUGAACAACAGCACUCUCUCGCUCAUAGGCGGCGAGGAGGAGGAGCCUGUGAGCAUCGCCUCCAGCGCGCAGCUCGAGCUGAGCAUUAAGAACAAGCAGUUGAGUCUGAGUGCCAGCUAUGGCAUCAUCUUCCACCAGCUGGUCUUCCUCGACCUCUACGACAACCAGAUCGAACGCAUCGCCAAUCUGGAUGGGCUGCCUGUGCUCUCGGUGCUGCUGCUUGGCAAGAAUCGCAUCACGGAUAUCGGCGGCCUGGCCUCGCUGAAGGGGACGCUGCGCGUCCUAGAUCUGCACGGCAAUAAGCUAACCACCCUGGGCAGCCGAAUCAACUGCCUCCAUCUGCUGAAAUCCCUCAAUCUGGCUGGCAAUCAAAUCAGGCAAAUCAAUCAGCAGGACUUCCAGGGUCUGCGCAGCCUGCGUGAGUUGAACUUGAAGCGGAACAAGCUGCGGCGCAUCAAUGGCUUUCAGCACUUGGUGGCGCUGGAGCGGCUCUGGCUGUGCCACAACGAGCUGCACAAGGUGGACGACAUGGCGAGCAUAGCGCGUGCCGCUCGCCUCCUGGAGGUGACCAUCGAAAACAAUCCGGUGUCGCUGGCCGGUGAUUGUGUUUCCUUCCUGGUCUCGCAUUUGCCUUUGCUGCAAUCGCUCAGCCAGAUGCCCAUCACGGAGCAAGUGCGUCGCUCGGCGCUCGCUUGGCGACAGCACAAGGAGCAGGCCCAGGCGACGCAUGGCAGCUCCGAUGCCUAUCACAGCAGUCGCCGGGAGGAGGUCAUCUCGAAUGCGCGCACCAAUUGGGAGCUGUUGAGGUCGCAGCAAACGCUGGGCCGGCCCAAGGGCAAGCUGACCAGCGAGCUGGCCAAGAUCAAUGAAUCGAAUGAGGCAGCUGUCUCUGAGGAGCCGGAACCGGAACCAGAGCCGGAGCAGCCACAGGUGCAGCCUCGCGACGAGCUGGCCGAGCUGCAGGCGCUGUUCAAGCUGCCACUUAUAGCGGCGCAGAAACCCAAACUGGAAGAGGAGGAUGCCUCCUCGGAGGCCUCUAGUCUGGGGCCCAAUGUGGACUCCUCUUCGAGCUGUUACAGCACGGACAAUGAGGAUCCAGGCAGACAGCAGAAAUCGGCCAUCGACGAAAACUCCAAUAAGCUACUCAGUCCAACAACUCCUGCUCCUGCCUCGCCUCAGCCACGGCCUGGGACACCUUCGUCGCCGGCUGAUGGCGAACGUCUUGCUUCGCCCACGCCUCCCUCGGUAAUACUGACGCCCCAUGCCUCAAGCACAUCUGUCAGCGCUGCCACGCCCCCGCCCACGUCCACACAGACGCCAACGCCUCCGCCCUCAACAGCAACAUUGCCGCUGCCUGCCUCCUCCGCCUCCAGCGCAGCUGCCACUCGUCCGGGCAGCAGCAAGCAACGUCUGCGCCAGACGCCCAUCUCGCAGCAGCAGCUGGGCCUACAAUUGAAUCGAGGUGCCAAUCCCAGCAGCUGCAGGCGUUACAUGACUGGCAGCCUGGUGCGCGCGCAGACCAUCAGCAGCAGCAGCGCCAGCAACAGCAGCAGCUCCAACAGCGCAGGACGCGCGAAGCAGAGCAACAACAGCUCGAAUCAGACGGGCAGCAACGUUGUCUCGCUGCCACAGAGCAAGGCGGGCACAGCAGCUCCGACUGCAGCAGCCACGCCCACAGCCUCGAGCACGCCCACACCGAGCACUGCCAUAACGGUAUCGAAGCCCAGCGCCGCGGAGCGGGAGCGAGAGCAGGGCGGCGAUUACCUCAUCGAGAUCUGUGGCCGAUAUCUGAAUAUCUAUGGCCAGGGCGCGCUGCGCUUCAUCGACAAGCAAUGGAAUCCAUCCAAGGCGAACGAUGUGCACACGCUCAACUUUAGCUACAUCAAUUUCAAUAGCAUUGUCUGCAUGCUGGGCAGGAUUAAGAUACGGUUUCCGCAUGCCGAGCAUUUCGUUUUCAGGGAGACGAACAUCAGUUCGCUAGGUCAGUUGAAUGCGCUGGCCGAGCUGCAGGGAUUGACUUCGCUGGUCAUCGAUGUCGAAGGCAAUAACAUAACGAGUAAGCCAGCCUGGAGAGCUUAUGCCAUCUACAGACUCUCGCACUGGGGCCUGAAGCAGCUCAAUGGCCAGGAGGUCACUGAGGCGGAGACAGAGGCGGCGAAUGCCAUGUAUGCGGGCCUGUCCAAUUUGGUGCUCUGGUCCAUGCCGGAGGGCAUGUUGCAGCCGCUGCUGGCCCGCCUGCGUCUCGACGAGAGCUGCACGGCCAGCAAGCUGUCUCCCAAGGAGUGGCUGCAGCGCCCGGAAAACAAAUCUCUACGCCUUGUAGUCGGCAAGGAGGCUCUGCAAUGGAAGAAGACAACUGCCACGACGACGACGACGACCACUGGUGGUGAUGGUGGUAUGAUUGCCAUGGCACCUAGUGUCAGGGAUCGAGGUAGACAGCACUUUGCGCUAAUCCUGGAGAACACCUGCAACGCCGUCGAGAAACUGCACAAGCUGGAGACGCUCUGGCCCAGCAUGUUGUUGGAUAUAGUUCGGAACACGCUGCUCGACUAUUCACAACUGGAUGUCUAUGUACGGAAUCUAAUGGCAGAGCUGAUGAAGUGA